AUGAAAUCGCAGAUUAAGAACGUCGAGAUGCUAGUACCGUAUCCCGUGGCGCUCGCUUGGGCGGUAGUCUCGACGCUCCUUCUCCUAUGCUCCUUCUCGCUCGUUGCCGUUCAGCUUCCCCAACGAUGCGCGCCGUGCGACUGCGACUUAGCGCUAAGAAUCAUCACAAACGGAGGCAGAACCGGAGGCGGCGCCGCAGCUCAGUCGUGCUCUGAUUGGAUAUCAACCAGCACAGUCACUCCGGUAGCGCAAAAUGGCGGAGAUAGCAGCUUGUCGCCGCGAGACAGUGUUGAGGAUGCGUGGGCUUUUACGAAGUGGACACCCCGCGUUUCCCCGUGUCUUGUAGCGGGGCUGCCUAUAGAGGAGCUAGACGCGCACCUGAACUUCCGCCGCGGGUGGACCCUGGGCUUCGUGGACGACGUGGAGGACAAGACGCAGAUCUUACCGUUCCUAAGAGCCAACAUGGACCCCAGCUUGCACACGAGGAAGCGGAGGGUGCUUAUAGACCUCGGAGCCAAUACAUUUGAUACAAGUGUCUCCUGGUUCCUUCGAAUGUACCCCCUCGAUUUCACCGAGAUUCAUGCGGUGGAAGUGGAAACUGACCUGUUCCAGAAACCAUCUACACCGCCGCUUGAGGUACCAGCAUACGAGAUCAACACGCAAUCUCGCGUGCGACCAUUUGGCAGGGGCCCUGCAGGCUUCCCUGCGUGGCUAAUGGACCGCGUCCACCCCUACAACUUCUUCAUCUCUUCCCAGGAGAACCAUGAAGAGAUUCGUCUGAAAGCUAGAGUUGAUUUGCUUACCCCUCUCCUUUCCUCCCCCCUGUUCCCCCAAUUUCUCCCGUCCCCCUCCCCCUUGCCUUUCCUCCUUCCUCCCAUCCCUCCUGUCUCCCAUUCCUCCCCGCUACCCCCCCUCCCCUUUCCUCCCUCCUCCCUUUCCUCCCCCCUUCCUAACUCCUCCUUUUCCUUCCCGUUUCCUAACCACUCGCUUUCCUCGCCUCCUCCCUUUCCUCCUCCCCCCCACUUCCUAACUCCUCCUUUUCCACCCCCCAACUCCUCUCUUCCAUUCCCCCCAUUUUUCCUCCACCCCCUUUUUUCCACCUCCCUUUCCUUCCCCAAUCCUUCCCUCUUCCUCUUCAUCUCCCCCCCCCUCUCUCCCCCCCCUCCUCUUUCUUUUCCCUUCCUCUGCCCGCCACCCCUUUUCCAUAUUCCUCCUUCUCCCCCCCAUUCCCCAUCCUCCCCCCCUUUUCCUUCCACAGAACACGGUGAAUGUGACUCGAUGGCUGCUGGACGAGCUGCAGUUGAGAGAGGAGGACACGGUGAUAGUGAAGAUGGACAUAGAGGGGGUGGAGUGGGCCGUGCUGCACGAGUGGCUGGCCAUCCCGCGCAUGCCCGCCAUCGUGGACGAGCUCUUUGUGGAGGUGCAUUACCACCACCCCUCCAUGGAGGCCUUCACGUGGACGCCAGACAAGUUCAACCGCACCCUUGA